CCCAACAAGUGGUAUCAGAGCUAUUGGUAAAGCUCCUAGUGUUGUGGCAAAAUGCAAAUUGAAGCCAUGAAGUAUUCAAUUGAGUUGUUUGAUGGCAAAAAUGACUUUGCUCUAUGGCAAAGCACUGUGAAAGAUGUCCUUACUUGUCAAGGACUUGAUGCAACUUUAGAAGAGACCAAGCCAGCUCAGGUGAGGGACAGUGAUUGGAGUACUAUCCAAAAGAAGGUAGCAAGUCAAAUUCGGCUGGUGCUCGCAUCGGAGGUAAAAUACAACGUCCUUUCAGAGACUACUCCAAUAGGCAUGUGGAGAAAGCUUGAAGAGAUAUAUGCUUCAAAAUAUUUAACCAAUCGAUUGUGUUUAAAGAUGGAGCUAUAUCAAUUGAAGAUGGCAGAAGGCACUAAGAUUCACAGGCACUUAUCUGAUUUCAACAUGAUGGUGACACAAGCAGUGAAUGCCGGGAAUGUUCUAGAAGAAGAGGAAAAUGCUUUGCUUUUAGUUGCAUCCUUGCCAAAGUCUUACAAGUCCCUAGUGCAGAGCAUGCUAGGUGGUAAGACUACCUUGGUGAUGAAAGAUCACUCUCGGGGAAGAUCCAAUGGACGUGGAGGUGGAGGAAAUCGAGAAAGGUCGAAAUCUAGACCUAAGAAGGAUUAUGGUGAAGUGCAGUGUUUUUAUUGUGGUGAAUUGGGUCACAAACAAUAUAAAUGCUCAAAGUUUAAGGAGGACUUUUCUAAUAUGAAAAUAUUGAUGAAAAGUCAAGAAACCAAGGGUAAGGGGGAGGCUAAUAUUGUUGAAGAAAAUGUGAUUGAAGUAUUAGCUUGUGAAGAGUGUGAUCCUAAGGUGGAGCAAAACAAUCAACGGUGGAUUUUGGACUCUGCUGCAACCAUGCAUGUGUGCAAUAAUCCUUCUAAAUUUGUGAGUUUGGUUCGAGGGGAGCUUGGCAAAAUAACAGUGGCUACCGGUGAGAAGGUGAAUAUUGAAGGCAUAGGAGAUGUUCAUCUCAAUGUUCACAAUGGGAAAGCCAAGAUUCUCAAGAAUGUAAGAUAUGUGCCCAAGUGUUCAAGCAAUAUUAUUGCUUUGAGUGAGUUAACAACACGAGGGUGCAAGUAUGUCGGAAAGCGAGAAUGGUGCAAGGUCUACAAAGGUGGGAGACUUGUUUUGCGUGGAAGGAAGAACAAGCACAACAUCUAUGUGCUUGAGCAACAUCCCGAGCGAAGGCUUAACAAGAUCAUAAGGAAGAUGGUUUGGAAGCCUAAAGGGAUCUUGGUAGAUGGCAAGGAAAUUAAUAAGACUAAGAAGAAAGUGAGCUUCAAUAAUGAAGUGGUGUUUGAUGAUGGUUCGAGGAGAUUGCAUGUUGACCCAUUUAAUGGGCAAAGAAAAUCUUGGCCGAGUGGUAAUGAGGCAAAGAAAAAUGGUGCAUGGGUAAUUGGAUUUUUCACUAUAAAUACCCAUGCAUGCAAAGGCAAUGGGCAAGCAAGAGUAGGAGAAAGCAAGAGUAGGAGAAAGCAAGAGAAAUUGAGGGAGAGCUCUUGUGAGAGAAAAGAAAGAGAGAAAUUAUGAGAAAUCCUUGUGUAAAUUAAGAGAGAGUAUUAGGGAGAAUUUGGGAGCUUCUUAAGUGAGAGAAUUUCCAAAUUAUUGUACUAUUUUUCUUAAUAGUGGAUUUAUUUCUUUUUUUCCCGUGGACGUAGACUUGUUG